AUGACUGGCCCUCGAAGAUCCAAGCGACUGCAGUCUUGCAGUAAACCUGACCAAGACAAAGUCGCCAAGAUCGCAAGAGUGUCAAAAGAUCAGGAAGAGGCGGUUCCAGAACAGAACACAAAGAUGGGAGAGAGCGCCAUGGAAGGACCUUCAGACCCAGGGGUCUGCAGACCAUCGCCAAAGGAUCCAUCGGCAGACGAUGCAUCGUCAAAAGAUGCAGUCCCGAACCGUGCAUCAGAAGAAGCCCCGAAGUUCUCUCUCCAGGGCAGAGAAUUGUUAAACGCAGCAAUGCAACAGAGUGACCUUGCCCUCGCUGAAUCAAGUAAGCGGAAGGACGAAGGUCUUGUAAAGUUCCGACGGGCUAUUCAGGGUGAUGUUGGUUUAGGCUUCAGACAAGGCUACAUUACCUGGCAGUGGAAACACUUUGCUAGUCACAUUAGGGUGUUCCUAAUGGCCGCUGGUUUCAAGGAUCUUCCCUGGGAUAGACUUGACGAGGCCACUCAGCAAAGGUUUAUUGGAUAUUCGCCCUAUGCCCAACAGCUCUUUGAGACACCUCUUGUACGCCAGUUUAUGUUUGAACGAUGGGUCUGGGAGAUCAUUAAUGAGAACAUUUUCACAACAAAGAGUCAGGACAUUGAGUGGACGUCGCCGUAUUGGGAAGCUCAAGCUACAAUGGAACGCUUCUUGCGAGAGAAAAACUUCCGUUACAACGAGGAAGACCUGCGUUUCCAGUAUCCCAACUGGCGAUUCACCACAAUCAAUUUCUAUUACUCCCUUAAGCAACGAUCCAAUCGGAUAGGAGAGUAUUUCAAUGAAGUCAGGAUUGAGCCGGGAUGCGUGGUCAAGAUCUUGGAGAAAGCGCUUGGCCAAUACUUCCCUGAGAGUUCCGACCUCUUCUUUCAAGAGGAGAUCUCACGUCUUGCAAAGGUGGUUGCCGAGUUCGAGCUAGGCUUCGACUGCGGUCGCCAGACUCUUCAACUUGUCUUUCAUGACCCCAAUACCAAGGAGGCCUGUGGAUUUCCAUUUUCAGCCAGAGCCGAGGGAUUCGACACUCAAGCCUUGAUGAGAUCAGUUGGCUUCGAAGACGAAGCCGAAUGCAAUGGUCAUCCGGUCGAACUGGUUGUGUCGCCUAUGCUGGUGGCUUAUGGGCAUAAAGAUGGAUGGGAUUACCACGUUCCGGUUGUCGUGGAUCCAAUGAGAGUGUGUGUUGGAUACAUCGACGGGCUUAACCAGGACGAGGUAACUGAGACGGAGGAGGAUGGAGAGGGGGGAGGAGAAGAGGUUAAGAUCAUCAAGGAUAAAGAGGGCGUCACAAAGGAUGAGGAUGGGAAGAACAUCGAGGACGAGGAGUGA